AUGGGUAAGGGUAAGCCAAGAGGUUUGAACUCCGCUAGAAAGUUGCGUGUCCACAGAAGAAACAACUACAGCCGUUGGGCCGAACAAACUUACAAGAAGAGAUUGUUGGGUACUGCCUUCAAGUCUUCUCCAUUCGGUGGUUCUUCUCACGCCAAGGGUAUUGUCUUGGAAAAGAUUGGUAUUGAAUCCAAGCAACCAAACUCUGCUAUCAGAAAGUGUGUCAGAGUUCAAUUGAUCAAGAACGGUAAGAAGGUCACUGCUUUCGUUCCUAAUGAUGGUUGUUUGAACUUCGUUGAUGAAAACGACGAAGUCUUGUUGGCCGGUUUCGGUAGAAAGGGUAAGGCCAAGGGUGAUAUCCCAGGUGUUAGAUUCAAGGUCGUCAAGGUUUCCGGUGUCUCCUUGUUGGCUUUGUGGAAGGAGAAGAAGGAGAAGCCAAGAUCCUAA